UGACGUCGCCAAAGCAUUUGGGAUACCAAAAACAACUUUCAAGCGUCGGUUAAAAGCAAACAACACUGAUAAGAAUGAUCGAUUGGGCCCGGAUUGUUCUUUGGGCUCGAAUGCCGAACUUAAAAUUGUUAAUCACAUCAAGAAACUGCAAAAGGCAGGCUUUGCACCCACCAGAACUGAAGUAAAAAUCAUGGCGUUUAAUUUAGCUCAGCGAAUGGGGAUCCCAAAUAAAUUUAAUCAAAAAGAAGACACCCGCCCAAACGCCUCAAACAGAAACAUCGCAGAUGAACAAUUUGUCAGUUAGAUCAGAAUCUCCUCAACCAGGCCCUUCCGGAAUUCAAAAUCCAAAAGCUUCACCUUGUAGCCCUAACAAGUCAUCAAUUCCUGAUGAAGUUAUAACACCUGGAAAGGCUCUUGAUGAGAUAAUGCCCGUGCCUGUUUUAUCUGCAGCAGUAAAAAGAGUCCGCAAAAAAAUAUCCGGUGAGAUUACAUCUGAAGAAUUUAUUAAAAAUAAGAAAGAUGCACAAAUCAAGAAGAGCUCAAAACCUGUGAAAAAAACAAAAAAUAAGAGAAAGCUCAGCGAAUCGUCAGUCUCUGAAGAUGAUGUUACUCUUGAUGACAGUUCUAGUGGUGAUGAAGACUUCAGUGAUUUAGAAAAUGAGUGUGUCGGAUGCAAGGAGGACUAUCGACAAACAUGUAAACAAGAUGACUGGUUACAAUGUAUGUUUUGUAAGCGUUGGUUACAUGAAACUUGUACUGGCUUCGUUAACCUUUGUAAUAAGUGUGGAAAGUCUGUAGCUACCAAAAAAUAGAAAUCUUAGCAUGGUCCAUCUCUCCUACCCCUAGAGGUCCAUCUCACCGCCACAGGGUAGGAUAGAUGGACCAAUGACAUACCUCUCAUGAUAUAUUUUUUUUUAGCUCUAUGAAUUGAUGUUUUUAGUUUUAAUCUAUACCAAAAGAAAUACCAAGUUAUGCUAUAUAUAUUUUUUUAGGUUUGUUG